GCGUCAAAUUCUUCGCAACUUCCUUGAAGAGUUUGUACUUGUCCAAUUAAAAUCCAUGACCCUUUCCUUAACUCAUUCGAAUCUUCAAGCCAUUACAACCCCAAUAACACCAAACAAUUCGCACGAUUAUCUCUGCUUUUCGCCGAAUCGAUUAUAUGAUUUAAGACUUUCGCAAGUAUCCAGCCAACAGGAUCCAUUUUCCCGAGAUUUAGGUCUCGCGGAAAUCGAUAUUACAAUGUUAUCGACAUCUCGUGAAAUAUUCAAUAUCGACAGUGUGCAACAUUUCACCAACACGUUAUAUCUCGGGAUAGAUAUUUUGGUAUUGUGUGAAUAUUUACGAAAUUGGAAGGGAGUUGAAGAAUUCGAGAUGAAGCAUACCGAUGAAUUCAAGUUCAAAAUUACUAGCCAGUCCAAUUUUAUUAGAAUUCCGGAAGCGAUGAAAUCAUCAUUCAAUGAAACAAACAAUUUGGACGUGUCAGCUUUACCCCUACCUUCGAUAUUUGGCGGAAUAGUCCCGGAACCACCGGUUUAUAAACCAUUAAAGUGUGACCCUGCUUCAAUCAUUCUUCCUUACCACAAAUUUCCGCAUACUCUUGAAGAAACCAACAAGAACCUCCGAAAUUUGAAAAAAAAAUUGGAAGAAAAAUUAAUACAGGAUAUACGUUACAACGAAGAGCCUGUUAAAAAUUUCACACACACAUCCCUCAACACGCCGGAUACUUUUUGUUCUCCAACUGAUCCCCUAGAUAUUGAUAACUUCAUCUCUAACAUUGCCAAUGAAUUUAUUUGUGAUAAUGGAAAUUCUUCAGAUAUUUCUCAAGGUGAUCAAUAUCAUCGUGACGAAUUAUUAACAUUUGAUUCUCCUCAAGCCAUCCUGAGGCUUGAUGGACAAAUCAUUUCCAU